CUGUGUCUCUUUACCUCUCUCUCUCUCUCUCGUCCACCCUCUCUCUUCUGACUCUCGACGUGUCUUUCGUAUUCCACCACCAACACCAAAAGCGCUAAACCAUCGUCGACGGCGGAAGUAUAAUUCCGUGUGCUAAACCAGCUUGGCUUUAAAAUUUCUUUGGAGGUCCUGUUUUAUCUUAUAUCUUUACUUACUUUCACCUAAACUACCUGGCUAGCUCGUAUUUGUCUUGCUCAUUAUGAACGGUUGCAAUGCCCAUGUCGCCAUGGGCUGUAAUCGAGUGGCCGAAGAGAAAGUGGAUAUUUUCUCACCCCGGACGCCUAUAAAUACAGAACCUCUCACCUCCAAAUAUUCUAUCCAAGGAGAACUCGGAAGAGGCAAAUUUGCGGUUGUGAAAAGGUGUGUCAACCUAGAGACAAAUGAAGAAGUUGCUGCCAAGUUUAUUCGCAAGAGGCGUCGAGGGAAAAACUGCCGGGACCAGAUAUUACGGGAGAUUGUAAUGCUAGAGUUGUCUCGACCCCAUCAUCGAGUUGUGGACCUCAUAGAAGUGUUUGAAAGUCCAACAGAGAUGAUACUCAUCACUGAAUAUUGUUCAGGUGGAGAAUUAUUCCAUGAAUGUGUUAUAGAAGAAUCUUUCAAAGAAAGUGAUGUGGUGCGAUUAUUAGGUGAAAUUCUUGAAGGUGUCUUAUUCCUACAUCGUAAAAAUAUUCUGCACCUUGAUCUCAAGCCUCAGAAUAUUUUGUUGACAAAGCCAUUUCCUGAAGGCAAUAUCAAAAUCUGUGAUUUAGGCUUAGCUUGCCUUGUCAAUGAUGGUGAAGACAUUCGAGAAAUUGUUGGAACACCUGAUUAUGUUGCUCCAGAAGUAUUAAGCUACGAACCACUUGGAUUAUCUACAGAUAUGUGGAGUCUUGGAGUGCUAACUUACGUUAUGUUAUCUGCUUGUUCCCCCUUUGAUGGGGAAAGCAAACAGGAAACAUACCUGAAUAUAUCUCAGGUAAAUCUUGAUUUUCCUGACUAUUUGUUUGAAUCAAUCAGUUAUGGUGCCAUUGAUUUUAUGAAGAACUUGCUCAUCAAAGAUCCAAGAUGCCGGAUGGAUGCUGCGCAGUGUUUGACUCAUGCUUGGAUACGAGGAGAACACGUACCACAUCCAAUAGAAUCUAACCACGAAGAGGAUGAGGAGGAAGAAGAAGAAGAGGAGGAGGAAGAAGGUGAAGAGAAGGAAGCUGAAGAGACUGAUACUAAAAAUAAGGGGGAUAAACAGAAAGAGGUAAACUCUGUUUUGCAGAGUCAACCUUCAGCGGAAUGUGAACCCAGCUGUGAUGUGCCUAAACCGGAACAGAAGUCAGAAGGCAAACACGAAAAAGAAUGUUCGAUGGAGAAAAGAGAUGCUGGGGAGAACAGUGAAGCCGAACAUGCUUUACUUAGCGAAACAGCAGAAGGGGGUGCGCUUAAAAAACACGAGAAAAAACUAGAAGCAAAAGAUGCAAGCUUCGUCAAUAACGAAAACUCCCCAUCUAAUCCUCUCAAUGGAGACUUCAGUGAAGAAGAUUCUGGUUGUGUGGACUCUGUUAAUAAUAGUUUAACCUGCAUUAAUGAUUUGGACUGACUUUCUGUCAGACAUCUCGUCCACUUUUCACUGCCACUUCCUGUUUUCAUUUCCCAAACCCACACUACCUUUCCCUGUUUCAAGACCUGUAGGCUUCCUGGGGUUAUGGUCUUGUAGGAGAGAUUCUAAUGACAUUAUAAUACUUUGUAUGGUAGGCCUCAGUAACAUGUCUAAAAAAAGGUAAAAAAAAAAGAUAAUUUUGAGCAUGAAGAAGGGAUCUGAUAAUAUUUCCAUAUCAUACUCCAUCUUAGAUUCCACUGACCAAAGCAAAAUGAUUUGUGCAUCUUCCACUUAUUUUGAUACAGACACAGACAGUACCUUGUCUUUUGUGGAAAGAAAUGGCUGGUAGGUUGGCAAAUGGAGGAUUGUUAUGAAAUAAAUCUCCAAAGAAAAAAAAUAUUUCCAUGUAAAAAAAAAAAAAAAUUAUAUAUAUCCAUGUAAAUAGCUAUUUGGGGAAAAUGCCCCUCCCCCAUGACUUUUUCUGAAGAAGAAAGUCACAGAAACAGUUAAAUGUUGUAAAUAUUGAACAAGUGUAGCAAAGGAAAUUUUUCUAUCUAAGACUACACAUUCCAGUUGCUCUUAUGAAUUGGUGACCAUGAUGAUUCUCCUAAUUAGCUUAUUUAAAGAAAGAUGAAGAUGAACAUAGAUAAUUAUCAAGAUACAAAGUAUUUGCACAAAAAAAGAAAAAUGAUAAAAGUGUAAAAAAAAAAAAUAUAAACUUGUUUGAAACAUUCAAGAGAAAGAUAAUUGACUUUUUGUUUGUUUGCUUGUUAUUGUUUUUGUUUGUUCAGAGAUUUAUAAUAUUUUUUAUUUGUUUGUUCUCUUGACCAACUAUUUCCCUUCUGGACCAAACUUCUUUGUGAAAAACCUUCUUUCCGCCUUUCUUACAAUAUUCAUUAUUUCACUUUCUGUGAAGCAACAUUAUUUCUUGAGCACACAGGUAAACGCAUAUUACAUACACACACAUUUCUGAUGCCAAAUUUUUUUUUUAUUGUCCUUCAUUUCUAGAUUAAAUCUAGAUACAUUUUCGAAA